AACUUCUGAAACUUUCCAGCGAGGCCUGCGUGCCCGGCCAAGCUUGGAGCGGCUGGCCCGCCGAGGGAGCUCCUUUGGUCUAUGAAGGCAGCCGGGAAGCGGCGAUCGUAGCACGUGCGGUGGGCAGUGAGUGGGAACGGCGCUCGAGCAAGGAAAACCAAGCGGGUGGAAAGAACUGGUCCAGCAGCGCUCGACAUGGGCGGCUUUCAAUUGGAAGAUUUUAUAGCUGGAUGGAUCGGAGGGGCUGCAAGUGUGAUUGUUGGUCAUCCUUUGGACACAGUCAAGACUCGCUUGCAAGCUGGACUGGGAUAUGGAAAUACCUUGAACUGCAUUCUCACAGUGUACAAAAAUGAAAGUGUUGCCGGAUUCUUUAAAGGGAUGUCGUUCCCCCUGGCCAGCAUUGCUGUCUAUAACUCAGUAGUAUUUGGUGUCUUCAGCAACACCCAAAGAUUCAUCAGUCAGCACCGCUACGGAGAGCCCAACCAAGCCCGUUCUCUGUCGGACCUGGUUCUGGCCAGCAUGGUGUCAGGGCUGAUCUCAGUGGGCCUUGGCGGCCCUGUGGACCUCAUCAAGAUAAGGCUUCAGAUGCAAACCCAGCCCUUCCUGAAAGCAGAGUUAAACGUGAAGCCCAGAGGGAGCGAGGCUCCGGUCCAGCCCAGCAUCUAUAAAGGAUCAAUUCACUGCAUCACGACCAUCAUCCGCAAGGAGGGGCUGGCAGGGCUGUACCGGGGGGCUGGCGCCAUGCUCCUGAGAGAUGUGCCGGGCUAUUGCCUCUACUUCAUCCCGUAUGUGUUCCUCUGCGAAUGGCUCACCCCGGAUGGCUGUGCCACCCCCAGUCCCUUCUCGGUGUGGAUGGCAGGAGGUAUCGCAGGAGCAAUUUCGUGGGGAACCGCUACCCCCAUGGAUGUGAUGAAAAGUCGACUCCAAGCAGAUGGGGUUUAUAAAACCAGAUACAAAGGUGUUCUGGACUGCAUCUCCCAGAGUUAUCAAAAGGAGGGCUUGAAAGGGCGGUGCCUCCCAGAAGUGUCCCUGUCAUCUCCGAGAUCCAGAUUCAGAUCCCCUGGGUGUCACUAAUGUGAACUCACUGGCACCAUUUGGGCGACCGUGGACACGGGGGGUCAGGGAAGCAUUUCUGAAGUGAGGUUCCUCCUCUUCCACCAAGAGCUUGUCCAUUGGUGGGUCCCUUGUAUGUCUUAACUGUGGCAGCAAAAUCCACCCCGGAGAUCACCCGCUUGACUGUACUUGAAAAUCAUUCACUUGGUGUGAAUGAGCACUUUAACUUGCCUGACCUGGAGUCGGAGUCCAGCCUCUUUGGUACAGCACCCCGCUUAACCCUGAGCCUCUGGAGGGUCAUAGUUCCUCUGAAGGCAGAAUUGCUAAUGUCCCACCCUGGCAGGGGCCAGUGAAUACCAGGACUGACCUGGGGCAGGAGGCCAUGAGUGAGGGCAGGCCUCCAGAAGGAAGAUGGUGACUUUGGAAACAAGGGAAUUUUACUGUUCUUAACAGCUUUGUGGGAAAGCUGAGGUUAUCCAUGAGGCUGAAAUUAAAAGGUGAAACUUGGAAACUUGUUCCUUGGGUUAGUUCCUCUCCGUGUAUUAAGUAAUAAUUAGGGUACCCUCAGAAUCAUACCUGGAGAGUUUCCAGUACUCUACCAGUCUUGGCUAAGGGAGGGAGAGUCAAGC